AUGGUGAAAGUUGUUCUUAAUGCAGUUCCUAUGUAUCAAAUGAGCACCUUCAAGAUGCCUAAAAAAUUACUUAGACAGCUUGAUUCACUGCAAAGGAAGUUAUGGUGGGGAUUUAAAAGUAAUAAAGGAUUGAAUUUAAUUGCAUGGAGUAAUAUGUGCAUCUCUAAAGAUUUAGGCGGUCUAGCUUUUAGAGACUUGGAAAAACUUAAUCAUGCUCUACUUGCAAAAUUAGCUUGGAGAAUCUGUCAACAGAGUGAUCAUCUACUGACUAGAAUCUUAAAAGCUAAAUACUUUAAAAAGGAAGAUUUCUUACACCUUAUUGAGGAGAGAAAGAAUUCAUCAUGGACUUGA